UGAAUUGAAUUUGCACUCAAGUAUUUUCAAUAUAUAUUAAAACAUUCAACAAUUUAUAAUACAUACAACAAUUUAUACUUCUUAUAAAAGUUUAUAUGUAAUAACGAAAACUGUUCUAACUUUUUAGAAAUUAUUGUUUACCUUUACCAGAACCUACAGACGGCCAAAAUGUCUGAAGCAGCGAAUUCAAUCACAACAAUUAAAAUUGAACCAAUCGAACAUCCUCAAGUUGAACAAGAAUUUGAUAAUGUGAAUGAAAACGACGAAGUAAGUCUUCAGAAGUUUUUAGAAUCAGAGGUAAUUAUUGAUCAAGAAAUAAAGCAAGAAGUGAUUGAAGCUCAAGAAGCUGCGACAAGUCCAGACCAGAUAAGUGUAGAUGAAAAUUCUGAUACAAGUAAUACAAAAAUGGUAACAAAAAAAAAACGAAAACCCUAUAGGAGAGAAUCUCAUAAAUGUGAAACUUGCAAUAAAAUAUUGUCAUCAAAGCAAGGAUUAGAACAUCAUCAAAUGAUCCACACUGGAGAGCGCCCUUUUAAAUGUGAGAUAUGUAAUAGAGCAUUCAUAGCAUUAGGUAUAUUAAACCGACAUAAAGCUCUUCAUGCCAGAGUACGCUUUUAUAAAUGUGAUACUUGCGAUAAAGCAUUCACAUCAGAAUAUAUAUUAAGCCAACAUAAACUGAGCCAUAUUACACACUGUUAUGAAUGUGAGGUUUGCGGUAAAACAUUCAAUAAACAAUAUCCAUUAAAAAUGCAUCAAACAAUACACACAGGAGAACGCCUUCAUGAGUGUCUAAUAUGCAAUGAGAGAUUCAUACAAACAAACAAUUUAAAACUACAUUUAUUAAAACAUGCUGGAGUGCGUCCUUACGCUUGUGCAACUUGUAAUAGAACAUUCCUGUCAAAAGCUAGAUUAACCGAACAUGAAGUAAGCCAUACUGAAGAAAGACCUUAUACAUGUGAUUUAUGCAAUAAAGCCUUCAAAUCAAGAAAAUACUUAAAAAAACAUGAAGUCAGUCAUAAGGGAGAAUAUCGCCAUGAGUGUGACAAAUGUGAUAAAAUAUUCAAAAGAAAACAAGAAUUAACUGUGCAUGAAUUGACUCACUCUGAAUCCAUUCAUAAAUGCGAAACAUGCAAUAAAACAUUUGCAAGAAAAGAUACAUUAAAUGCACAUAAAAGGUUGCACACUGGACAAAGCGUUUUUAAAUGUGAAAUAUGCUACAAAACUUUCUCAACAAAACAAUCAUUAAAGUACCAUGAAGUGAUUCAUACCGGGGAACGCCCCUUUAAAUGCGAAAUAUGCAAUAAGGACUUUACUCAAAUGAACGUUUUGAGAAUGCAUUUAACUGUGCAUAGCGAGGAUCGAGAGCAUGAAUGUGGGAUAUGCUAUAAAUUAUUCAAAACAAGUCAAGCAUUGAAUCAACAUAAAGUUGUUCAUAUGGAAAGUCCUUAUAAAUGCGACAAGUGCGGCAAUGCAUAUAAAGCAAAUCGGUCAUUAAAACGACAUGCAAAAACUCAUUUGGAAUAUUGACACAUUUUUUCAAAUUGUUUAAA